AUGCCUAGCACGAAUUACAAGAUCGCUUGCAUACCUGCCGACGGCAUUGGGCCGGAAGUCAUCGAUGCUGGAGUCAAAGUGCUCGAAGCUUUGAGCGCGGCGAGCAAAUCAUUUACUCUGGAUUUUGAACACUACGAUUGGAGUUCUGAAACGUACAAGAACACUGGCAAAUACAUUCCAGACAAUGGAUUGGAAGACUUGAAAAAGCAUGAUGCGAUUCUUUUUGGUGCUGUGGGUGCUCCAGUGNGCACCGAAUCACCCCUCCGCAAAGCGAAGACCGGCGAUCUUGACUGGGUUAUUAUCCGCGAGAACAGCGAAGGCGAAUAUGCCGGCCAAGGAGGUCGCAGCCACAAAGGCCAGCCCUGGGAAACGGCGACCGAAGUUAGCAUCUUCACUCGGCACGCCGUGACCAGACUUAUCAAGUUUGCGUUUGAGGUUGCGCAGAAGAGAGACAAGAAACACAUCACAGUGGUCACCAAGAGCAAUGCACAGAGGAAUGGUAUGGUCAUGUGGGAUGAGAUUGCAGCUGAAGUCGCAAAGGAGUUUCCCGAUGUCAAAGUCGAGAAGAUGUUGGUGGAUGCGAUGACCUGCCGUAUGGUGCUACAGCCACAAUCGCUAGAUACCAUUGUCGCUACAAAUCUUCAUGCGGAUAUCCUGUCCGAUCUAGCUGCAGCACUCGCAGGUUCAAUCGGCAUAGCACCAACCUCCAACCUCGAUCCCACACGCCAGAACCCCAGUAUGUUUGAACCGAUCCACGGUUCCGCUUUCGACAUCACAGGAAAAGGCAUUGCCAAUCCGGUAGGAACGUUUUGGACUGCGAGUGAGAUGCUACGAUGGUUGGGUGAAGAAGUCGCUGCGGACAGAUUGCUCGAAUGCAUGGAGAACGUGUGCGGGAACGGUAUCCUGACGCGCGACUUGGGUGGUCAAGCAACCACAAAGGAGGUAACCGAUGCAGUCUGCGAGGAGAUCAAGAAAAGCUAUGCAUAA